GUGAAAAUGAAUCUGCUGAUGGACAGCAUGCCGUCGCACGCGAAUCCCGGCCAGCGUCGCUCUACGCCGCCACAGCAUGCCGAGCUGAGGAUCUCCACAUCCUCGCCGCAGCAGCAGCAGCAGCAUCAACAGCAGCAGCCACCAGCACAGCAACAGAACUCCCACAAUCACAAUAAUAACAAUAAUAAUAAUGAGACUCCCACAUCGCCUUCGGCUGGUGGAAAGACCACCUUGAAGCGAGCCUUUGAUGUGGCCUUUCUCAUGAUGCCCGACGAGCGGAUCAAGCAAAAGCAGGCGGAGAAGCAGGCUCGCCUCCAGGAGGCACUGCUGCAGCAUCAUCACCACCAACAACAGCAGCAGCAGCACCACCACCAGCAGCAGCAGCAUCAACAGCAGAUGAACCACUACCCCACGGAUUUAUCUCCGCGUGGAGCAUCCUCACAGCCACCCUCACCGGCGGCCUUGGAGUACAUUAGCCUACUGGAGGCCCGCCAGCGGUAUCCACAGAUCAGCAUUCGCUCGCCGCGGGUCUAUGACGAUCCCAGUGUAAUUAUACCUUUGGUGGAUUCCCCAGAGGCACCAGCAUCCACCUCACCGCCACCGCCCAUGCGGAGUGCGUUCACCAAGGUGGCCUCCUCGUCACUGUCCACUGCCUCCUCGUCGCCAUCGACUACAUCGCGUUUGGAGUCGCCAGUGGAUGUGGUAGCUCCGCCCUUGAGUCCGGAUCAGUUGAGUUGCCACUCAAUAAGUCCACCGUUGGUAACACCACCUCCAAGGACCAACAGUGGUGGCCAGAACCCGCAGACUUCCCUGCCAGCCAAUCCCAUUGUGUACCACAACUUCCGGCCAGAGUAUCAGUUUAAUGGAGCCUUUCAGGCAGUGAAUCCCAUGCAGGCAUUGCAGGCCCAGCAACGGCUUAAACAGCAGUUGCUCUACACACGUCCUCCGGGACCUGCGGGUGGGAAUCCCAAUGGCGGCGGACCGCUUCCGGGGAAUCCUUCGUCACCGCCAGCAGGUCCACCGCCGGAGUUUCUGCAUGCCGCCUAUCCGGGAUUUGCACCACCACCGCAUCCCUUUGCCGUGGCUCAGCCACUGCAGAAUCCCGCUGCGGCGGCCAUACUCUCAACACUGAUUCCACCCACCUUGGCAUCAACCUUUACGCUGACGGCUCAGAAUGUGUGUGCCAAGUGCAACAUUAGCUUCCGGAUGACCAGCGAUCUGGUGUACCAUAUGCGAUCCCAUCACAAGAGCGAGGUGGCCUGUGAUCCGAAUCGUCGUAAGCGAGAGGAGAAGCUGCGGUGUCCCGUUUGCCAGGAGACAUUCCGGGAACGGCACCAUCUCACCCGGCACAUGACCGCUCACCAGGAUAAGGCCAGCGAUCACCAGCCGCAGCUGGAGGAUGCCUCCUCCUCCUCCGCCGCUGCUGCAGCAGCUGCUGGAGAUAACGAGAUCAUUAAUGUGGUGGGUGGAACACCGCCUGGUCGCCGAAUGGGCGGAAUGCCCAAAUGAUCGAAGCACUUCUUCGGAUACUUUUAAGAUCCCCAACUCCUGCAGAGAGAUCCACCCCGC